AUGUUCCGCGAAUGUUCCGGAGAGUUCCGGAACGUCGCCGGCCCCGUGUGCUCGUUCCUCUGUCUCCAACAGGAGCAGGAUCCGACCAACCUGUACUUCGCGAACCUGCCGCUCUUUCUCAGUGAGAAGGACUUGGAGAAUCGGCUCGUCAGCUACGGUCCGAUCGUGAGCACUCGCAUCCUGCGCGACCCGAACGGACAGAGCCGCGGCGUCGGCUUCGCACGGCUGGAGAGCAAGGAGAAGUGUGAGCAGGCAGUCGCUGCCUUCCACGGCAAGAGCAUACAAGGGGGAAUUGAGCCGCUGCUCGUCAAGUUUGCCGACGGCAAGUCCAAGAAGCCAGCGUACAACAAGGAGAGCAACAGGUGGAGAGAUGACGGGCUCGGAUACCAGCCGCAGUACGGAGAGGUGCACCAGAACGGACUCGCCUCAAUGCAACUGCAGUCCGGUGGCAUCAUGUCACGCUACUCGCUUGCACCGACUCCUGUCACGUCCUACCCCGUGCAGGCUGGAGGCACCUGGAUGCAGCCGCAGGCAUACCAACAGGUGAUGGCGUCAGGCAUGUCCGGCAUGGAUCCGAACAGCGCGUCACACCUGCACGGCGGUCUCAUGCCGCAGCUCACCGCACAGAUGGGCCAGCUGCAGAUGAGCAACACCGGCUCGUACAUGCAGAGCCAGCAUCCGUACACACCGAUGCAGUACCACGUUCCCAUGAUGCCCGUGCCCACCGGAACUCCGGACGCUCUGCAGGUCGGAAGCUGGGAGCACAGCAGCAACCCGGGCGAUGUCUAGAGGUCGGUCGCAAGGUCACGCAGACGUCCGAUCGGCGGAUGUCCUGAUUGGACGACGGGUUUCGCCGUCGUCGUGUUCAUCUCUGCCGCCACCAGGGGGCAGCAGUGUGCGUGCGACAAAGUGGCGGCACUCAUUUCUGGUGUUGUUGUUUUUUUUUCGUAAAUUUCGCGCGUGUGCGUGUACGCGUGCCUGGUGCCCUAUUCUCGUCACGAUGUUUUUUGUGUUUUGAUGCUCUCUCUCUCUCUCUCUCUCUCUCUCUCUCUCGCUCUAUCUCUCUCCCCGUUCUGAUUUUAACUAUGGGCCGCAUGCUGUUACAGGCGGUGGGACGCGGUCUAGCACUAACGCGUCCCCGACGAUCGAUUGAGCAACUUUGUAGACGAAACCGUUGUGGGGGGCGCGACGCCUGCAUCAGUAGUAUACGAGGGGGAGGAGCGUUGUUACGUGGGGUUUUUUUUCCAACCGUGGCGGUGACCACGAUAUUGAUCACGAUCGAUUGAUUAAUUGUUUGAUUGAUUGAUCAUGGAUGCAGUGAUGAUUGAUGAGGGGGUUAGGCAUGACCAUUAUAGAACAUUACGUGUGUAUUUUAGUAGCCGCGAGGCGAGAGAGAGACGAUUCGUUAUUUUGUGCAGACUUUUUAAAAGCUAUUUAAGAUGAAACGCGCGCACGCGCGAGAGAGGAGGAGGAGGAAGAUUUUAUGCGAGGGGAUAUUUUUGAUGAGAGUAUCUUGGGGCGUAAUCUCAUCGUUCGGGCGGCAACGCGGCGUCUUGUGCCGCCGCCGCCGCUGCGCGGGAGCAAGGAGCAGACGCCCAACGGUCGCCGCGGCAACGACGGAGGUUCACAUCGGAGAGGAACCCGGGAUCGCGUGAAGCAGGAGGGAGGAGGAGGAGGAGCAGGAGGAGGAGGAGGAGGAUGGGUGAUGCUCUUUAGGAGCCACCGUCUCACUGGAAUGUCUCACCGGAGGAGUGGCCGCAGAAAGUCGCAUCGUUGGAAUGCAUGCGCGCGUGCACGUGUGUGUGCGUGCGUGCGUGCGUGCGUGCGUGCUGGUUAUCUUGCUUCAGCUGACGGGGGAAGAAGGAACGAGCCGUACUGCCGAUGAUUACCGUGGUUACGUACAGUCGUCAUGGUUACCAGCAGCUGCCUCGGUAACGGGCGUCUGUUGUGCCGCGGCUCCCCCGUCGCCCCCUGGUUUUGUAUAAGUUUUUUAUUGUCCUAAUCGUAGACGUUUUAACUAUUUUUAGUUCGAUCUUUAUUUCUCCCCCUUUUUUAAAUAAUACAGUAAUCAUUAACGGUAGACGUAGCGAGUUGUUUCGUUUUGUCACACAGUCUGGUCUGCCGACGCACGUUUUACCGCGCACCGUCGUCGCAGUAGCCUAUAAUCCGAUGAUGCUCACUUGUAGGGGUAGAGGCGUAGGGUAUGUUUAGUGGUAGGUAGUCAGUCGUGUGUGUGCGCGCGCGUUAUUUGUGUAGAGGUUCGUGUGUGUGUGUGGGGUCGCGUGCCGGAGGAGGGGGAGGGGGGUGUAACACGCCGCGUUGUUUUUCUCUCUCGUGUAGAUUGCAGGAACUGACCUGGGUUGUUCUUGUGUUUAGAGGUGGCGUGUGUUCGUGCGUCGUCGCGUCUCUUGUUCUCUCCGCGUGUGAGCAUCAUUCCAGUCUUCCACGGGGAAGAGGCUGCGUGCCCGUCGCAAAAUCCGCGCGCAAGAGGUCGCCGCCGCCGCCGCCGUUCGAAAGGUCACCAGGUGUCAUGGCGGCGGAGCGACGCCGAAGAGGUCGUGCGACGCGGCGGAGCGAGGCUCGGCUGUUCGCUUGUUUACGCGGAUGAGAGGUUUGCGCGUGCCUAGGUGGCGCUGAUGUACGUACGCGCAUUUUGUCACGCGCAGUCUGAAUGCAAGCGGUGUCUUUAAGUAGUGUGCGUGCGCGUGUGAUGCCGGGGUGCGUGCGUGCGUGCGUGCGUGCGUGUGUGUGUGUGUGUGUGUGUGUGUGUGUGUGUGUGUGGUUGCUUACAUGUUUAUUGCACCAAGAGCCAACAGCGCGUGCAGACACAAACCCACCUGCCUUCUGCAAGACUUUUAUUUA